GAUUGUGUUGAUUGGUCUUUUCUGGAUUGGAUGAUGAACAGGUUUGGUUUUGGAGUGCGAUGGAGAGGAUGGAUAAAAGAGUGUCUUUCAACAGCCAGAAUCUCAGUGUUAGUGAAUGGAAGCCCAACCGAGGAGUUUAUGAUGGGAAAAGGAUUAAGGCAAGGGGAUCCUUUAUCCUCUUUUUUGUUUCUGAUGAUUGCCGAGGGGUUACAUGGUCUAGUCAAAAAAGCUGAGACAGAGGGCCUGAUACAUGGAAUCGAUGUGGGUAACAAGGGAUUGACUAUUUCAUUGCUCCAAUUUGCAGAUGAUACGGUGAUUUUGGGAAAAGCAAAUGGAGAGAAUAUUUUUAUUGUGAAAACCAUUUUACGGUGGUUUGAGUUGAUGUCUGGAUUGCGAAUUAACUUUCGUAAAAGUAGUAUUGUCAGGUUUAAUGUGGCACAAACGUGGUUAAAUGGAGCAACAUCUGUUUUGAGAUGCGGUGUUGGGGAGAUACCUUUUGUGUAUUUGGGAAUGCCAGUGGGUGGAAAUCCUGGGACUAAGAAGUUGUGGGACCCAGUGUUGAAUAAAUUUCGAACCAAACUUGCCAUCUGGAAAUCUGCCUUGUUGUCCUUUGGCGGUCGCAUUACUCUGCUUAAUUCGAGGGAUUUUCUGUGGGGUGGGGCUAAAUUAAAGAGGAAGAUUCCUUGGGUUAGCUGGGAGAUGGUAUGUCGUAGUAAGGAGAAGGGUGGGUUAGGAGUCAUGGAUUUGAGGAGGAGGAAUUGGGCACUUUUAGGGAAGUGGUGGUUUAGGUUGGGUGAUGGUAGUGAGAGCCUAUGGAAACGGGUCAUGUGGGAUAAAUAUUAUGGGGGUCGAAGGGAGAUGGACAUUAGGGCAGUGGAUAGUGUGAGGAUGUCUAGGAUUUGGAGCGAUGUUAUUAGUGUCGGGGGGAAGUCUAUCAAAUUACAAGACAUGUUAGAGAAGGGGUUUAGGUGGACGGUGGGUGGUGGGUGGUGGAAGGCAAGUAGGGGGGAGGAAGCAGUGCUGUGGGAGGUGCUAAGCAGAGUACAAAUCACGAAAGGACACGAAGAUUGCUGGAAGUGGAUGCAUGAUGCAGAAGGGAGAUACACAGUGAAGAAGGCUUAUGAGUUUCUGUCACCAAUGGAGUCCAUUCUUCUUGAUCAAAUUUGUGAUGUCUUGGUGGGGUCUGCAGGUUGUGAUGCCCAAUACAGUGGGAGGGGUGAUGGAG